AUGGAAUUUCUCACAGUCGAAUUUCUUGGUAGACAACAAAAGUUUAUCAUCAAUUGUCGCGCCGAAGGUAUGACAUAUAGUCAAACUAAGCUUGCAUGGGAGGAAGAAUACCCAGAUCUCGGAACUUUAGUUAGUAUACAUAUCAAGGGUACUGAGGCACUGCGCGCCUCCGUACACCACUUAACCUUAAAUAUUUACAAAACCAGUAACGUAUAUUUUACAACACAAACGACAACACUAACUUAA